AGUACAAAACAAGGUUUUCUAUCGGAUUCGUCUCUCUUCCACCCACUUUCGGUUCGUCUCUUCUGCCUCAAGCAUACGUCUCUUGAACACCGUUAAUUGUUUUGGUCAAAUAAACAUCGUUAAUUGUAGUUUGUUUCCAUCUGUCUCGGCGUUUGACCUAUAACUUUUGGGAUAUAUAGACGUCUGAUGUUGCUAGUCUAGGGCUUUUUUUUAACUCUGUUUUCGUUAAUGCUGAUUAUGUCGUUUGGUUGCAACUCGUAAGCUAUGUCUCCAUAUUACCUAGGCGGCUAGGCCUCCAAAUAAACUUGCGUUUUCACUUCUUUUUUUUUCUUUUUUUGCAGAACAGAAUUUACAGUAGAAAAAAAUGAUUGGAGGAAAUCCAAAAAAUGUUAGUUCUAAAGAGUUGAGUCAGAGAUCUAAGGAAGAUGAGGACAGGAUAAGCAAUUUACCUGACCAUUUGAUAUGUCAGAUAAUUUAUCUUCUCUCCACAGAGGAAGCUGUUAGGACAAGCGUUUUAUCCACUAGAUGGAGACAUGUUUGGCUUUGGCUUCCUGGUUUUGAAUUGAGUUCCAGAAAUUUCUCAGAUACCAAUGCCUUUGUGAGCUUUGGUGACAGAGUUUUGGAUUCUAGUAGGGUUACAUGCAUACGGAAACUCAAGUUAACUUUAGGGGAUAAUGCAAACACUGUAAAGGACGGCUCUUAUUUCACAUCAUGGAUUGAUGCUGCAAUAAAGCUUAAGAUCCAGCAUCUAGACAUUGAUUGGGCUGCAUACGAUUUUUUCACUCACCGUCGCCUAAGGUUGCAUAGCUGUGAGACACUGGUAUACUUAAGACUCUCCAACUUGUUCUUGGAUGAUGAGGUGUUUGUUGUCUUACCUUGUUUGAAGACAAUGUAUUUAGAACAAAAUUGGUACUCGAGUGAGACUACUUUGAAGAAACUUAUCUCAUCAUGUCCCGUCCUUGAAAAUUUAAAUAUUGUCGCAUCUAAUAGUGAUGCACAAGUCUAUCAGGUGCACUCUCGGUCACUGAAGAGACUCAGCAUUGAAAGAAGAAUUCUCAAAGUGUUGGAUGGUGUGCCUGGAAUUGUUAUUGAUGCUCCUCUACUAAGCUGUUUGAGCAUCCAUGAUCAUGAAUCUAAAACCUUCAUAGUAAAAAGCAAUUUGGAGUCCAAUGCAAAGUUAUAUAUUUCUCUCAACUAUGGUUUAGUUGGAUCUGAUGUCUUUAAAAGUGUUUCAUCCAGAAGUAGCUUUCGUGACUUUCUUACUGGGAUUUCGAUGGUCGGGGAUAUGACAAUAUCUCAAAGUACAUCUCAGCUCAUAUGCCUAUACUCGAAGCUAGAACCGCUGCCUCAAUUUGAAUACAUGUCGCGCCUGUGCGUUUCUCUCCACGCGACCAAUUCGAUAUGGCUGAAAACAUUUAUUAGGAGUUUCCCUAAUCUAAGAUCCCUCAUCUUGGAACAAAUUGGUUAUGUGAAUUACCCUGAGCCACAAUCCGAGGAGGAGAAUCCCAAGUGUUUUCUAUCGUCUCUCGAGUUUGUUGAUAUCUAUUUUUCAUGUCAAGGACGUUAUACAGACAUGAAGUUGGUAAGUUACAUCCUUGAGAAUUCAGCAAUCCUCAAGAAACUCACUCUAAGUUGGGAUCAUCAUUCAACAAAAGGUGAAAUCAUUAAGGAACUGCUCAAAAUCCCAAGACGCUCUACCAAAUGUGAAGUUGUCAUCCUUGGUUUUAAAAGACAAGCGCCUUUGUCGCCAUGGCGCAAGGCUCACCAAGGCGAAGGCCCUGACGCCACAUACCUCUAAGGUGGUUGACUCAAAGCGGACUAGAAGGCUCGGUUUUGAGAUCUCAG